UGGCGCCGAUUGGAGUGAAGAGCACACAUUAUUAACAGGGGCACAGUUACAGUGAGUGAGUGCAGAAGUAUUACUACUUUUGUGGAUGUUCAGCAAAUACCGUAACCUUCGAGCAACCUUGCACAAGCCUUGCCUCGCAUCAUAGGGCGACGGACGCUACCAGUGAUUGUCAAGAAGUCUCACAAGCUGAAGAGUCGGGGGUUUUGCAAUCAAGCAAGGGUCAUUGCGCGGUCUCGCCGCUCGCGCACUGGACUGGAUAGAGCGCACACGAAUGCAACGAUAGUGGAGUGUAAAUUGGUGCAUGGGUGGGAUUGUGGGGUUUCGGUGAAAUUUGAGUUAAGGUGCAGAGGAGCGGAGGUUUUCUUGUGUGGGAUUAUCGUUGAAGACGGAGGAAUUAGGGUUGGCAGGGGAGGAGAGAACCGGGAGGAGGUAGGAGGAGAGGUGGAGCGACGGAUGUGGAGGGAUUGAGCGAUGGUAAAGGUGAAGGGAGUGGAGUGGAACCAUGUGAUAGUGCUCAAGGAGCCGGAAAAGCAUGGCAUGGCCACAUUGGUGCGGUGCAUUCACUGCGACAAGGAGUUUCAGGGGAAUGCCAUGCGGAUCCGAGCGCAUUUGCUUGGGAAUAAGCGCCAGGCGGGCGUGACAGGGUGCCCCACGGUGCCGGACGACGCGCGCGAGGAGCUGAGACUGAUUGAGAUUGCGAGGGAGCAGACGCAGAGGAAGCGGAAGCCGGUGAAGACGCGCGGGGUUAGGGGGACUUCCUCGCCGUCGGACCAUUCCUCCGGCAGCGCGGACCAUUUUGACGGGAAAGGGGGUUCUGGGCGGAAGGGGGGGAGGAUCAGCUUGCAACACGAGCUCCUCGCGCGUAUGGGCAUCAUCAUGGCCUCCAUAGACCUCGACACUUUCUUCGAUGGUUUUGGAUUGCGACCUGAAACAGUUUUCAAAAUCAAGGAGAUGGGUUUUACAGCAAAAACACUGAUGUCUAACGUUGACGAACUUCCGUCUUUAUUAGAGUCGAUUAACCAACAUCACCUGCUUACGCUCGGGGAGGAAUGGGGGAUCAAGGGUGCUGCGAAGAAGUGGCAAUUAGAUCAAACAUAUGCUCCACAUCCGGAAGAUGAAAAGUGGCCAGAGUCUGAGGAUACCUGUAAAGAAGUGGCGUGCAUUGAUAGCGAAGAAGUUACACAACUUGAGCCCUGUUCAAAGUGGAUGCAGCAGCAACAACAGGGGCAACAGCUUCCAUCAUCGCAUAAUCAUUUAGGGCCUUCCAACCUCACUGGUUCUAACUUAUCACCAUCAAAUCAAGGUGUUUCAGAUGUUGGUCCAGGCGGGUCACCGGGAAGGGUGGGCUACUAUACGAAUCUGCUCUCAUACCAAUCUCAAGGAAACGCCCGCUUUGAUAUUAUGAGGGAAGUGGAUGUCACUUCACAAAGACAACCUCAAAUCAAACAUUCUUUUGACCAUGUUGUGGGGACAACGUUUUAACUUGUGAUCUAAGCACUUGCAUCAUCGUGAACAGCAUGGUUCGAAGAGGUUUUCGAUUCACAAGAAUGAGUUGAGGAUGGGAGUAGAUUUGAAAAUGCUUGUUAUCAGCUGCUUUAGUUCAGAGGAGCCGCUUGUGUCUGACAACGAAAUGCAGGAUUAGGUUACGAGGCGUUAUAGCAUUAACUAUGCACUUGCACAUGGUUUCUUCUUGACUCUUUGAACCUCGUUAAUCCAUACGAGGCUCAAUUGUAUCAAAAUUAGACAGAUUCAAUGGGAUUUUCUGCAGAAAACACAGCAGGUUCAUUCUAAUGUACAUGCCACUUUUUAUUCAUGCUUUGUGGUUACCUAAUAAUUGCAGACACAAUUGCCAAAUAUAGUAACGUAGCCAGUGGUUAUGUUAUAAAAGCACACUGACUGUUCACCGUUGUAAUUUUACGGUAAUAAAUUGCUUCUACAUCGCUUACUGCUUUCUCACAA